AUGACACUUAUUCGCGUCGAAUUAACCAACAGAGCCCGAGCAAGGGCGGCUCAGCCAAGCCAACUGCCUAUUCUCUCCUCAAAGGCAAUUCACAAAGACGGACUGGGUUGUACAGGCCUCGUAUCGUGGCCAAAAUCCGUUUCAAACUGUGACGACGACCCAGAUUCCGAUUUGGAGCCGGACCCCUAUUUCCCUUCCACUCUCGGCUCUUCAUCUUCUGCCACCACCUUACCCUUAUUUCCUCCACUCUAUCUCCCCUUCCAAACCAACCCUGCGAUCCUCACUCACGUCCAAAAAUCUUUGGACCCGCACAACCCGAUCAUUCUAACCAUUGAUGUCUAUCCAGAUUUUGCGAAGUACCCCGUUCCUCUGCCAGAGCUCAACCUCGAAGAUGUGGAUGAUUUCGAAGACCCCUGGGAUUAUUUCGAAGAAGACGAGGAUAUCUUUUCCCAAGAUACCAGGACCAAAGCCAGACUCCAGCAGGAGCGAAUGUUAGCCAGUGAAAGAAACCGGGUCAUCGACUCCGCCAUCGAUCGCAUCGAAAACAUCAUUACCACAAGUGAAGUAACUAUCGCCAACAUAAAAGCCGUCCCGAACCCUAACGAUCCUACGACCAAUGUCAAAGGUGUGAAGAUAGUCAACAUCCAAGAACUCGAACAGGCUCUCACCCGCACCAUGAAAACAUGGCCAGAGCUGGGAGUGAAGUUUUACUGGGGCUUGCACAACCCCCUACACAGUUUUAAGGGACCUGAACGGGUGUUGACGCGAGAUGUGUUCCGGGAGAUGAUUCCUAGAACAAGGGUGGAGAUGUUGAGGAAGAAAAACUUGAAUAAAUGGAGCUCUACUACCCAGUACUCAAGGAGAAGGAACAAGUCGUCAAAUCACCCAACUCCGGGCACGCAGACGGGAACGCUGCAAUCACCGCGGCAGCCCUACGGCGGCCAUGUCGUCCACGGCAUCGAAUUCCCAGAUCUCACCGCCAAAGAAGAUUACCAGAUCUCGGGCAUGCACUGGGACUUCUAUACGGACUACUGGAUCUUUCUCGCCACCAGACGCGGCGCUGAAGAGCUCCGCGACACUGAGAUGUCGGGCAACACUUACCUCAUCAAGUACGACCUCUACAAGAGCGAAGUUAUCUGGACUCUCAACCUGGAAGACAGGUACGACCCACGUAUGGCGAUCUCCAAGGAAUCCCGGCUUUAUCAGCGUCAGUAUCGUGGCGGCUCGGAUUCCAAUUUGUGGGAAUUCAUGUCCAGGCUUCAGGACGCGGCACCUUCGUUUGGGAACCCUGAAGUGAAGGUCCUGAAAGCUGAGCAGGCAUGGGCUAUGGCUCCUUGGAGAGAUAAUUACCAAGACGAAACAGUUUUCGAGUGGAGAUCGUCUUCAGUCCUGUACCCCGAGCAGAAUUUGAACCCUCAGGAACACUGCAAGAUCAACUUCUCCAUUUACAUUCUCCACCCCGACGAAGCCACUCCCACCCAAGGCUCCAAAGUUAUCAACAAAGACAGUCUCUACCUUCAAGGCCUCGUCUCCUGGCCUAAACCCCAACCCGAGUUACAGCCGUCUCCAGUCGACUUGGACUCAAGCUCAGGUUUAGGUUCAGAUGGCGAGUGGGACUUCUGUGAGCCAGAGAAGCCAGUUGCCGUCCCCCUGAAAGGAUACCUCCCCUUCGAAAGCAACCCCGCGAUUCUUGCCCACGUGCAGAAGGGGAUCAAGCCGCACUGCGGACCUAACGGGGAGAACGGAGGGAUAUUCCGCUGUUUUUAA